AGUCAGGCGAGAACGUUGUAUUCUCAACAAAAUUGACUACCCAAAGAACAUCCACAACUUCCAACACGAUGUCUAACUUGGGGGAUAAAAACAAAGUAAUCAAUGCCGCAGUUGAUGAUGAUGAGCCGGAUGAGUGGGACAAGAGAAUCUUCAGCACAGGCUGCGCCACUGAGAAUACCAAGAUGAAUGAUUGCUUUUAUGAAAAGAAAGACUGGCGACAGUGUAAAGAGGAGCUCGAGAACUUCAAGCUCUGUUGGAAGAAACAGAGCAAUGACAAGCGGACGAGUAUGAAGGAUGCGUAGGGAAGUGCAUAUUGAGCUCAACAAAAAUACAGCUGUACAUCAGUAAAUGUAUAUAUUAUUGUUGUAUUAUUAAAUAGACAAAC